GCCCCUCGCGCUGUGGUUGGCUCCGCGCGGGUCCCGGUUGCGGGUGGCGGCGGCGGCGGGGCCAUGGCGCGGUGGCGGCGGUGAGGGCCAUGGCGGCCCCGCACGCGGAGAAGCUGGAGGGAGGCGUCCCGGCCCCGCCGCCCCCCCCGGGGCCCCCGCACCCCGCGGGCAGCGCCGCCGCCGGCGGGCCCGGCCGCAAGCAGGGGAAGGCAGGGCUGCAGAUGAAGAGCCCCGAGAAGAAGCGGCGCAAGUCCAACACGCAGGGCCCCGCCUAUUCGCACCUCUCGGAGUUCGCGCCGCCGCCCACCCCCAUGGUUGACCACCUGGUGGCCUCCAACCCCUUCGAGGACGACUUCGCGGCGCCCAAAGCGGGUGCAGCCGCAGCCGCCGCCGCCGCCUCCUUCCUUGGCAGCCCCGUCCCCUUCGGGGGCUUCCGCGUCCAGGGCGGCAUGUCCCCGCAGGUGCCCCCCGGGUACGGCGGCGGCCCCCAGCCCCUGCGGCGCCAGCCCCCGCCCUUCGCCCCCGGGCAGAUGGGCCCGGCCUUCAGCAUGGCCCCGCAGGGCCCCGGCUACGGGCAGCCGGGCGCCGUGGGCUUCCCGGGGCAGCCCUUCGGGCAGCCGCUGGGGCCGAGCUUCAGCCCGCCCGGGGCGCCGCUGCUGCAGGGGCCGGUCGGCAGCUUCGGGCCCAUGAUCUCCCCGACCCUAGGGCAGCCCCCGCGGGGGGACGUGGGCCCCGGCCCGGCGCUGAACCCGCCCCCCGGGGGCCCGGCCGUGGGGCAGCGCUUCGGGCAGCCCGGCGGCCUCUUCGGACAAUCGCCCCUGCAGCGGCCUGGGCAGGGCGGGCCCCCGCUGCCCCCCACCGCCAGCCCCUUCCCCGGGGCUGACCCCGGCUUCCCGCCCAGCGGCGAGGAAGGGGGCAAGAGCCUGAACGCCCCGCCCGGUGCCUUCGCCCCGGAGCAGCACUCGGGCUCUCCCGCCGCCGUCAACGGAGCCCAGCCCGGCUUCACCCCCGGCAGUGCUGGGCGCGGUGCCGGCACCCCCGAGACCAACAGCCUCCCUCCGCCCGCCCCGGGGAAGGCAGUGGGGGGCUCGGGCCAUCAGCCGCCGCCGGGGCUGGUGUACCCGUGCGGAGCCUGCCGCAACGAGGUGAACGACGACCAAGAUGCCAUCCUGUGCGAGGCCUCGUGCCAGAAGUGGUUCCACCGGGAGUGCACUGGGAUGACGGAGAACGCCUACGGGCUGCUCACCACCGAGGCCUCGGCCGUCUGGGCCUGCGACUUCUGCCUCAAGACCAAGGAGAUCCAGUCCGUGUAUGUGCGGGAGGGCCUGGGACAGCUGGUGGCUGCCAACGACGGCUGAGCCGCCCGCCCCCCCCCGACCCUCCCUGCCACCGGCCACGGACUGACCCCCCGGUUCU